CAAUUGCCCCCCUAUAGUACAUCUAAAUCCGUCCCUGCCCAAGUCGUUGCUCCGCACCUCCGCCCGUCCGCCGUCCCCAAAUCGCUGCUCCGAGCCUCCGAUCGACUGUUAACUGCAAGGAGGAGGUAAAAAACAAACAAAUUUGUCGUUCGAGCACACACAAGCUCGUCAUAUCUCACUUGCAACUUUUUCCAGCGGUUAGCGAAAAUGAGAAGAAACAUAGGAGUUUUGAACCCUGUUAAAUUGGUUUGCAUAGUCAUCUCCAUUUCUUUCAUCAUCAUACAGAUUAUUUCAGCAAUCCACCUCACAAAAAUCCCUUUGUCAACCAUUUCCUCACCCAAACACAAAAUCUCCACGACUGAAUACUCAAAAAUCGGCGAACUCGGAAAAACAGUAAUUCGGAUGUUACCCGAAGAUCUGCCGUUCACCCUUUUCCUGCCUUCGGAGGAAGCCUUUCGCCACGAUCUGGGAUUGAGUAGAAAUGACAGUGAUGAUGCGUAUGCAACACUCACGCGGGUUUUGGGGUUCUCAGCCUUACUGAGACAUGUUUAUGUGGCAGAUUUGGAGUACGGGAAGCAGAAAAUCUAUGAUUCAAUAUCGGGAUUCACUUUGUACUUAUCGAAGACUUUGAAAGGGAUGGUGGUGGUUAAUGGUGUGGUCUCAGAGGCAGUGGAUUUGAAACUUGGGGAGAUUCUGGUGCAUGUGAUGAAUGGAGUUCCGAGUUUGAGCUAUCUGUGCAGCCUGAGGCCGAGGAUGAUGAGAGAAGAUAAUUCAAUAGAUGAGGAGAUGAGAAUUCCUAGAAAACUGGAGAUAUGGAAGAUGGGUGUCGUGAAUUACUCGCAGGCACUAAAGCUGCAAGAGAAACUGACAUCCGACAGGAAAACACACAAGAUCACAGACACUCUCCUCUCCCUACAGCACCCUCCGACUUACACCCUCGGAAAAAGACGAACGCAACACAACGUAUUAGCCAACGAGUCCGAACUCAAAGCCAUGGGAGCCGAGCUCUACUACACCGAGAGAGGAGGUGAUGUCACUUUUCACGGGCCCCACCAAGCUGUUUUGUACCCCAUUGUUUCUCUUAGAGAACUCGGGCUUGGGGCCCGAAAAUACGUCGAGAAGCUCGAGCUCACGAUGAUUGAGCUGGCUUCUGUGUAUGGUUUGGCAGCUCGUGCGGGACAAAAGUGCGAAACCGGGGUUUGGAUUGAGCAGAGAAAGAUUGGGGCGAUUGGGGUUCGUAUAUCGUCCGGGAUUACAUCUCACGGGCUGGCUUUUAAUAUUAACCCGGAUUUGAGUUACUUUGGGCAUAUAGUGCCUUGUGGGAUUGCAGAUAAAGAGGUUACAUCUUUGCAGAGGGAGGUGAAAGAAAUGCUGCUUCCUCCUGAGGAAGUUGUUACUGAGCAGUUGAUUUCCUCUUUUGUGAGGACUUUUGAUUACGGUGAUGUUGUUUGGAAAGAUGCAUCAUCAGUCUCACUGGAUAAGUGAAAAUAAUGUACUCCCUUUUUUUUUUUUAAUUUUUAUUUAUUAAGUGCGGGGCAAUGCCUAUAAUUGGCUUAAACAUUGGAAACGACAACGUCAUAAGGAUUUAGGUAAUGGAAUUUGAUUUACUUUUUAAAAUACGGUAAAAAAUGCAACUACCAGUUAGGUGUACUUGACCCGCCUUU